AAUUAGAUGAAAUUUAAUACAAUACAAAUGAACAGUUUUUGUAGGAGGAUGUUUAUGGACGGAGGAGAUUACAUAAAGGUAAACAUGUAGAAUUGUAGAUGGAGGGGCAGAUACAGGUUUUUUUUCGAAGUUAACCACGCUGCCACAGCCCCAAGGUAGAGACAAUACACACCUAGGAAGAUGUACAAGUGCCUAGCAUUAACUACAGGAGAAAUGCAGCCUUUGAAGAACGGGCCAGAAAUCCAGAAUACGGAGCGACGCUAUGGCGCAUCGUCUUCUACGCCGUCUAGACUCUGGAGAUGUCAAUAAAAACAGCAUCUGGCUCAGACCUCUGGCAUCCCAAUCAUCCCCUCCACACCUGACCCAGAUUUGCAGGUAGCCGCAAGACGAUGCCCUCUGCCCCCAGCGACGGUAGCCGCAAGAAACCUGCUGCUGCGGCCUUGCCGCCGGCACCAGCGUCCAUGGAGGAGAGGGACUGGUCGGAGCUGCUGCUGGACGCCCUCGCAUCGGUCUUCGUCAAGCUCGGCGCCAUCGAGAUCCUGAUGGGCGCUAGCCUCGUGUGCCGCUCCUGGCUCCACGCCGCCAAGCUGCCCGACUUGUGGCGAUCCGUGGACAUGGCGCGCCACAAGGUGGUGGACGGCAUCGUCGCCAUAUUCGGCGCCUCUCCUGUGGAACCAAAGAUCAACCUUGACGUCCUGCGCGCCAUGGCAAGGUUCGCCGUGGACCGCUCCCGUGGGCAGCUGGAGGUGUUCGUCGCCAAGCGGUUCGUUACCGAUCAACUCCUGGAGUACAUCGGCGACAUGUCGCCGGCUCUGAAGGCCGUCGGGCUCGUCUCGUGCGGCGGCGUCUCCAACGAAGGGUUCACGCAGCUGGUGGCGAGGUGCCCUCUGCUAGAGGACCUCAUGCUUAUGCUCUGCCCCAAGAUCGGCGGCCGCGACGUCUACGAGCCGGGCAUGUCCGCAGCUCAGGCGCUUCAGGCUGCGCACGAGGGCAUUCUGCUUCGCCGCCGAUAAGUCCGGCGGGGAAGCGCUCGGGGUUGCGGCGAUGCACGGGCUGCGGACCCUCGCGCUCCACGGGAGCGACGUCACCAACGACGAGCUCGCCGCCGUCCUCGACGGCUGCCCUCACCUGGAGAGUCUCGACAUGAGUAAGUGCUUCAACAUCGUCGCCGACGACGCGCUGCGGGUGAGGUGCGCCGGGAUCAAGUCGCUGGUGCUUCCCCUUCGUCGCGAGGUUUAUGAUGAGGACGAGUACGAAACUCUCUGCUCCCGUGAUGUCGACUCCAACGGCGACUCCGAUUGAGAGAUGUGAUCCUUAGCCUUACUACUAGUCUACUAUGCUGCUGCUGCUGCU